UGUGUGUGUGUUACAUAGUUUUGUGUCUUGGCUGACAGGGGUUUGAAUAACACAUCAGCUAGUAUUUGUUCCCUGUAACCCUACCUGUUACCCACAAUGCACUAGCAAGUUUCUAAGGAAGUAUUUUCAGUCAACAAACAUGGCUGGUGCCUCAGAGAACAUUAACGUCCAUGGUCAGAGCCGCUGCCAUGCCCCCAAGUUCUCCAGGAGACAUCCCAUGAUCCCAAAGCUUUAUGUGAUGCCAUGGAAACAAGACAUGAAGAACCAAAGGCUGCUGAUGAAGAACGCAGGGCUAGUGGAGGUCCCCUGCGUCGACCAGGAGGAGAGUCUGUACUUGGAGGGCAGAGAGCGUCUGUGUCAUGGUCAGGACAGGAAGGAGCUGUCAAACACUUCCUCCAUCAUCCCCGGCCAAUCAGGAGCCACAGCCCUUAACGCGUCGCACCUCUCCAGGUACAACAGCUCUGCUGUGACCUCACGGAACCUGUUCCAGCAGCCCUGACAACCAGGAACCAGGAGUCAGCCUUGAGGAAGAGGGUGGUAUCUUCCAGAUGAAGACAAAACUUCUCUCAGUAAACUUUGAACACACUGUCGUAAACCCUGUCUCUUUGGUUUUCAUUACCCUUACUAGUGACUUUCACACACAGACACACAUGUUCGCACGCACACACGUUUUCAUUCAUGCUCACAUUGUCAUGGAUACUCAUCCAGAGCAAGGGAAUUCUCUCUGCUCUGAUCUUCACACAGAGGCAUGGCAAUGGUGACAUCUAGUGUGUAGGACAAACACGGUUUCAUACAGUCCAGUUGAACUAAUAAAGUACACACAGACAUCUCACAUCAAAUGACUGACUUCUUUGUCACACUAUCAUACACAAAUUAUGGUAUUCAAUUGAUUUGUAGUAUUUAGCUGUUGGUUAAAAUAACCAACAGCUAAUACUGCCUUUCUUAAUCUUGAACAUAACUAGUUUUUGCCACGUUACAGUUGAUAGUUUAGUUAGUGUAUCGUGAUAGGGCCUCGAUAGACAUUGAUACCCUGACGUCAAAUCACCCAACACUGCUUUUUUAAUUCUAUAUUGUCAAAAGGUGUGAUUCAAGAAGGCAUUAUCUUCAGCUUCACUGUCAAUACAGUUGUUGUUUCAAACUGUCCUUCAGUGAAACAUUUCCCUAAUAAAA